AUGGUUGGAAUCUCAGCAAUUUUGACCAGUUUGAGCGCUGCAGCCACAUCCUGGUGGGACGGGGGAAGUCCUUUUGCCGCCUACACGGCCUUAUGGCCAACGGAUGGAGAAGGCAAAUAUAUCAUUGAGGCCGAAGGAAUUCGAAUGGCCUUCACAGCCCAUAAUGGUGGAGCACCGACAAAUCUGUGGAUCAAUGACACAAACGGCAAUGAAGUGGACAUUAUGCUUGGACUUGAUAAAGCAGAAGAAUAUGUUAAUUAUACCGGCAUUCUAGGCGGUACACUUGGCCGUGUGACUGGUCCUAUCAGUGGAGCGAGUUUUCAGAUAAAUAACAAGACAUACUACACCUUGCCCAAUAGUCCAGAUGGCAAAUCGACCGUGGAUGGGGGCGACAUGGGGUGGUCAAGAAGACCUUUGGAUCUGGUGUCACACACGCAAAACAGUAUACUAUUCGUCAAAUUCGACCGAGCGGGCAAACAUGGGCUCCCCGGUACAGCCGCCUCCAGCAUUGCCCACGCCGUCUACCCUAACGAAUGGCGCAUUGCGUACGGAGUUACGCCGUCUCGGACUAGCGAUCCGAUACCGAUCAAUUUGAGUCUUAUGACUUUUUGGAAUUUAGACGGAUUUGUUUCUGGGUCUUCUGGGACGGUCAGGGAACAUGUAUUGCACAUGCCAUUUUCGGGAUUUCGUCUGGAGGAAGACGAACAUGGCAUUCCGACUGGGGACAUCAAAAGCAAUGUCAAGGAUUCCCGCCAUGACUUUUGGUCUCAGCCCAAAGCCAUCUCGGAGGCUUUGGACAAGAAGCAAGAACAGGAUCAUGAAUACGAUAUACUUCAUUUGAUCAAUCGUCAAGAACCAUUCGACAAGGAUACUAGCCCAGUAGCGACGCUUUCAUCUCCCCUGAGUGGAAUCAUCAUGGACUUGUACACAGAUCGUGCAGCGGUCCGACUCCGGACGACUGGCCAGAUGCACUUAAUCAUCCAGAAUGGCAGCGUCAAAAUCAUGUAUUGUUCGGGCCAGAACGAUUGA